AUGAGUGAGGUUCAACCGCUCAAGAGGAAAGCAACAAAUAUGCCUGUCGUCAGCCCAGAACAGCUGGCCAAGCUCCAGCAGCACGCCGAUGAUGUUCGAAACAUAUGUAUCCUGGCCCAUGUUGACCAUGGCAAGACGUCUUUGACGGACGCCCUCAUCGCCACGAAUGGCAUUAUCUCACCAAAGCUGGCCGGCAAGAUCCGGUAUCUCGAUUCAAGACCCGACGAGCAGCUACGAGGAAUCACCAUGGAGUCCUCAGCCAUCUCGUUAUACUUCUCCAUGCUCAGGAGAUCAAGCCCCGAGGCAGCCCCCGAAGCCAAGGAGUACUUGAUCAACCUCAUUGACUCUCCAGGACACAUCGAUUUCAGCAGUGAAGUCUCAACCGCCUCGCGGUUAUGCGACGGUGCUGUCGUUCUUGUGGAUGCCGUCGAGGGUGUGUGCAGUCAAACGGUGACAGUACUGAGACAGACGUGGACUGAGAAGCUGCGGCCGCUUCUGGUGAUCAACAAGAUGGACAGGCUCAUCACAGAGCUUAAGAUGACGCCUAACGAAGCCUACAUCCACAUUAGCAAACUCCUGGAACAAGUCAACGCUGUUCUGGGCAGCUUCUUUCAGGGCGAGCGAAUGGAAGAAGAUCUGAAUUGGAGAGAGCGCAUGGAGGAGCGCGUUGCCGCCACGGCGGCGAAAGAGGCUCAGAUAGUUGACCAGCAGAGUGAGGCGGGCGAUCUGCAGUUCGAAGAGCGCGACGACGAGGACAUCUAUUUUGCACCGGAGAAGAACAACGUCAUUUUUAGCAGCGCCAUUGACGGCUGGGCUUUCACAGUCAGGCAGUUUGCGGUACUAUACGAGAAGAAGCUCGGAAUCAAGCGCUCUGUCAUGGAGAAGGUCUUAUGGGGCAAUUUCUACCUCGAUCCAAAGACGAAGAAAGUUCUAGGGCAAAAGCACCUCAAAGGACGGAAUCUCAAGCCCAUGUUUGUGCAGCUGGUCCUCGAACAGAUCUGGGCAGUGUACAACGCAACAAUUGGCGGGGACAGUGGAAGGGGAGACUCGGUCCUGCUCGAGAAGAUCACAAAAUCUCUAAACAUCACGAUACCGCCGCAUAUCAUGCGCUCCAGGGAUCCAAGAUUACUAUUGACCACAGUCUUCUCAUCCUGGGUACCGUUGUCGACUGCUUUACUGGUGUCGGUGAUCGAGUCACUCCCUUCGCCGCGAAAAGCGCAAGCAGACCGACUUCCUGAGCUUUUGGAUGAAUCUCCAGGGGCUGAGUCCAUUGACGCCAAAGUUCGAGAUGCUAUGGUGUCUUUCAAGCAGUCAAAAUCAGAUCCUAUGGUUGCAUAUGUCAGUAAAAUGGUCUCGGUACCCGAGAGCGAGCUCCCUGAGAACAAACGACGCAACGGGCCCUUGAGCCCGGAAGAAGCACGGGAACUAGCACGGAGGAAACGAGCAGAGGCGGCCAAGGCACAAGCUGCGACAGGAACAGGAAACGAGAGUGUCAUCGUCAACAUUAGCAGUGCCCUGGAGAACACGACGCUCAAUGAAGAAGAGGAUGAGCCCGUUCCCGAAGCAUCGCAGGCCGACCCAGAACACCUAAUAGGGUUUGCUCGCAUAUACUCGGGGACCAUUUCGGUAGGCGACGAGAUAUACGUUCUACCGCCCAAGUUCUCCCCAUCACAGCCACACCACAACCCCGAGCCCAAGAAGGUCACGGUCACAGCACUCUAUAUGCUCAUGGGUCGAAAUCUGGAGAGCCUCCCUACGGUUCCAGCAGGCGUCAUUUUCGGCAUACGGGGACUGGACGCCUCUGGUAUCCUCAAGACCGGGACUCUGUGCAGCCAGCUCGAGGGCGCCUGCAACCUUGCCGGUGUGGCUAACAUGGGCGGCCGGCCCAUCGUUCGGGUUGCACUGGAGCCGGAGAAUCCGGCAGACCUCGACAAGAUGAUUGCUGGCUUGCACCUUCUGGUGCAGAGCGAUCCAUGUGCAGAAUACGAACAGUUCGCAAGCGGAGAGCACGUGCUGCUCACGGCAGGUGAACUACAUCUCGAGAGGUGCUUGACGGACCUGCGGGAGCGUUUUGCGCGAUGUGAGAUUCAGGCAGGCGCUCCAAUCGUGCCCUACAGGGAGACAAUCGUCCGCGCAGAAGAAAUGAGGCCCCCCGUCAACAAGGAGCUCGGCCGUGGCGCAGUCAUCGGUGUGACCAGUUCCAAGCAGAUAACCGUCACCCUUCGGGUGCGUCCGCUGCCCUCAGAGGUCACCAGUUUCCUCCAGAAGCACACUGGUGCCAUCAAGAAGCUCUAUAGCUCUAGAAACGCACAGAUUGGGGCCGCCACGGAGGAAGAACAGACUGCCCAGACGGCCGAAGAGCGAGUGGAAGAGGACACCGAAGUGACCGAGACGAAGGUCUUGUCUCCGGAAGAGCUCCAGCGACAGCUCCAGGCCGAGCUGGAAAACGGCAAAGGUCGGGACGCUUGGAAGGGUCUUGUGGACAAGAUCUCGGCAUUUGGCCCCAGGCGAACAGGACCGAACUUGCUCAUCGACGCGACAAAAGACGGAUGCCUCUCCAGGGCUUUCGCCACGGCCGAGCGAGAACAGAACGCCAACCCCCAAGGCGACGAGAGCCUAAGCCCCAAGCACUUCUCCGACAAGAUCACCUACGCCUUUCAGCUGGCAACUGCGCAGGGACCUCUUUGCAACGAGCCAGUACAGGGCGUCGCCGUCAUCAUCGAGGAUGUAGUGAUCGCGACUGCGGAGGAGGAGACGGCAUCCGCACGAGACAAGCUCGGCCGUCUGACCGGAGAGGUCAUCAAGACAGUGCAGCAGUCGAUACACAAGGGCUUCCUGGACUGGUCGCCGCGCCUGAUGCUCGCCAUGUACUCAUGCGAGAUCCAAGCCAGCACCGAAGUCCUGGGCCGCGUCUACGACGUCCUCACCCGCCGCCGCGGCCGCGUCCUCUCCGAGGCCAUGAAGGAGGGCACCCCCUUCUUCACCAUCCUCUCCCUCGUCCCCGCCGCCGAGUCCUUCGGCUUCGCCGACGAGAUGCGCAAGCGCACCAGCGGCGCCGCCCAGCCCCAGCUCAUCUUCGCCGGCUUCGAGGUCCUCGACGAGGACCCCUUCUGGGUGCCCUUCACCGAGGACGACCUCGAGGACCUCGGCGAGUUCGGCGACAAGGAGAACGUCGCCAAGCGUUACAUGGACGGCGUGCGCCGGCGCAAGGGCCUGCUGGUCGAGGGCCGCAACGUCGCGACCGACGCGGAGAAGCAGAAGACGCUCAAGAGGUGA